AGUAUAUCUAUCACACAAAAAAGGAAUUUUGGAUGGAUGCUUUGGUGGCAGCGGAUUUCAAUUUACAGCGUCUAUCAACACAGAUCCAAUAUGGCUGCGCCCAUGAAAAAAGUGUUCAAAUUUAUCGAUAUUGGUGCCAACUUGACAGAUCCAGUAUUUCGAGGUAUUUACAGAGGAAAGAGACAUCAUGAAGAUGACUUUGUUGAUAUGCUUAAACGGGCAAAAGAUGUUGGUAUGGAAAAAAUUAUGGUAACUGCAGGAUGUUUAAGAGAUGCAGAAGAAGCUACUAAACUAGUGCAAGAACAUGAGAAUUUAUAUACAACAAUAGGGUGUCACCCAACAAGAUGUGGAGAGUUUGAGAAGUCAGGUGACCCAGAUGGUUACAUAAAUAAAUUACUAGAUAUAGCUGCACAGAAUAAGGAGAAGAUUGUAGCAGUAGGAGAAUUUGGACUUGAUUAUGACCGGCUGCAAUUUUGUCCAAAAGAAACACAGCUGAAGUAUUUUGAAAAACAGUUUGAAAUGGUGGAACAAUUACAGCUUCCAUUAUUCCUUCAUUCGAGAGCCGCAGGGCAUGAUUUUGCUGCAAUUAUAAAACGUCAUAGGGACAAAAUAAAAGGCGGUGUUGUGCAUUCAUUUACAGGGACAAAGGAGGAAGCUGCUGAGAUUCUAGACCAGGGACUAUUUAUUGGAAUUAAUGGAUGUUCUUUGAAGACUCAGGACAAUAUAGAUGUCAUGUGUACAGUCCCAAGUGAUAGAAUAAUGUUGGAAACAGAUGCUCCAUGGUGUGAUAUUCGAAAUACACAUGCUAGCUCAAAGUUUGUACAGACACAAUUCCCUACAAAAAAGAAAGAAAAAAUGGAGAAAGGCUUUAUGGUGAAAAGUCGAAAUGAACCCGCAACUAUUAUUCAAGUUCUAGAAGUACUCGCAGCAGCAAGGAAAGAAGAUAUCUCAGACCUCUCAAAUAUUGUUUUUGAAAAUACAGAAAAAAUGUUCUUUGGAAAAGAAUCUUA